AGUACAGUGUUCAGCGAGCAAGUGUGAGCAAAAUAAGGUCAGAUACACUUGGACUAGAAAAACCUAGAUUUUGAAUGCAAGUCAUUACAAAGACGAUGGCGUCGGAGUUAACUGUGUCUGUUUGGUGGCCGUCAUCGACAUUAUUCCUGAUUCUUAUAUUAUCUUCAACAAGUUUAUCCUGGGACGUUGCAGCAUUUCGGACCAGCGACUCUAGUGGUCCAUACAAACCCGAUUGGCAAUCUCUUGACACACGUCCAAUACCAAAAUGGUACGACGAGGCUAAAAUCGGCAUCUUCCUACAUUGGGGUGUGUUUUCUGUGCCCAGUUUUCGCUCUGAGUGGUUUUGGUGGUAUCUUGAUGGGGCUCGGGACCCAAGUUGUGUGAAAUUUAUGAAGGAUAAUUACAGGCCAGGUUUCACCUACCAGGAUUUUGCUCCGAUGUUUACCACAGAGUUUUUCGAUCCAAACCAGUGGGCAGAAAUAUUUACUAAAUCCGGUGCCAGGUACGUUGUUCUAACAAGCAAACACCAUGAAGGAUACACCAACUGGCCAUCUAAACACUCUUGGAAUUGGAACUCAAAAGCUGUGGGGCCAAAACGAGACCUUGUUGGUGAACUUGCAGCUGCCAUCAAGAAGACUCCAAUCCAUUUUGGUUUGUACCAUUCUCUCUUUGAAUGGUUCCACCCCCUCUUUCUACAAGACAAAGCCAACAAUUUUACAACCCAAAAGUUUGUUCAGGAGAAAACUAUGCCUGAGUUGUAUGAACUGGUUAUGAAUUACAAACCUGAUGUAAUUUGGUCAGAUGGUGAAGCGGGUGCAACAGAUAAAUACUGGAAUUCGACAGAGUUUAUUGCAUGGCUCUAUAAUGACAGUCCAGUGAAAGACACUGUUGUGGUAAAUGACCGAUGGGGAGCUGGAGAUUCUUGUCACCAUGGAGACUUUUACACAUGCCAAGAUAGAUAUAAUCCUGGUAAAUUGAUAAAUCACAAAUGGGAGAAUGCCAUGACUAUUGAUAAGUAUUCCUGGGGCUACCGGCGCCGUGCUCGCUACUCAGACUAUUAUACCAUUGAAGGGCUGAUAUCUCUACUAGUCGAGACCGUCAGCUGUGGAGGAAAUCUUCUUAUGAACGUUGGACCCACCCACGAUGGACGUAUUGCUCCAAUUUUUGAAGAAAGAUUGGUCCAAGUUGGUCAGUGGCUCAAAGUCAAUGGAGAGGCCAUCUAUGCCAGCAAACCUUGGACCCACCAGAAUGACACGUAUACAAAGAAAGUUUGGUAUACCAGUAAAAUGGAAAACAACACAAAAGUUGUGUAUGCUACUACGUUGUUUUGGCCAAACAAUAACAUGCUCAUCCUUGGAGCUGCAAAACCAACAUCAGCAACAGUUGUCCGCAUGCUUGGCUAUCCAAAUAUAUUUACAUACAGUUACUAUUCUAUGACUGGGCUUAAAAUUGACCUACCAGACAUCCCUAUAUCAAGCUUACCGUGUGACUGGGCGUGGGUGUUUAAAAUUACAAACCUUGAUGAAUAAACAUGCUCUCUUUCUCUUUCUCUCUCUA